GAAAAAACCCGACUCUGGGGUGCCCAUGCUCAGGCAGGCCGGAAGCUUCAGAGCGCACGGUGCUGUGGGGCUCUGGUGCAAACCGGUAGGAUUAUCCUGGCAGACUUGGUGGUCCAGCGACUGCACUGAGGCCCAGAACAGAGGAGAGAUGAGAUCAUGCUGCUCUCGCUGCUCUCUUGGCUCCCCCUCUUGGAAGAGACGCUCCGGAGUGCACAGCAUCUACUUCGCGACAGACUCGGGGUCCUGCUAUGUAGAGGUGGAGCUGGGAAGUGGGGUGCCACCAAACCGACAUCUGCAAUUUGCAAACCUCCCACCCGCCCGGAGCUCCUAGGACACAGGGAGGCAGCGAAUUGGCACCGUACGUUCCCCAGCUCUGCAGACCGGGUUCGAGACUCCCUGGUUGCACCUUCGGUACGGGGGUUUGGUAGGACAGGAGGGAAGCAUACUCGUCCCCCCACCCUCGGCGGGGCGAGGCGGGGCGGCGGCUGCGAGUGCGGCCGGAAGAGGUGUGGGUGCAGGGCGGGUCCCGCGCCGCCCCGCCCAGAGGACGGAGCCCCGGGCACAGCAUCCUGGCGCGGGCCGGACUGCCACAGCCACUGCCGUCGGGGAAGGUCCCAGCGCGGUCAUGGCCUCCCAAGGCGGCCGCCCCGCCUCAAGUUCGCAGCAUUCUGCACAGUAGCCCGGAGGAGAAGCGGCCUGGACGUCGCGGCCGGCGGGGGAAGCAGCAUGGAGGAGGCGCACCUGCUCUCGGCUGCCGACGUGCUGCGUCGCUUCUCGGUGACAGCCGAGGGCGGCUUGACCCUGGAGCAGGUGACCGACGCCCGGGAGCGAUACGGCCCCAACGAACUCCCUACUGAGGAAGGGAAAUCCCUGUGGGAGCUGGUGGUGGAGCAGUUUGAGGACCUCUUGGUGCGCAUCCUGCUGCUGGCAGCCCUGGUUUCCUUUGUCCUGGCCUGGUUUGAGGAGGGUGAGGAGACCACGACGGCCUUCGUGGAGCCCCUCGUCAUCAUGUUAAUCCUUGUGGCCAAUGCGAUCGUGGGAGUGUGGCAGGAACGCAAUGCUGAGAGUGCCAUUGAGGCCUUGAAGGAGUAUGAGCCUGAGAUGGGUAAGGUGAUCCGCUCUGACCGCAAGGGUGUGCAGAGGAUCCGAGCCAGGGACAUCGUCCCUGGGGACAUUGUGGAAGUGGCAGUGGGAGACAAGGUACCUGCUGACCUCCGCCUCAUCGAGAUCAAGUCCACCACACUUCGAGUGGACCAGUCCAUCCUGACAGGGGAAUCCGUGUCUGUGACUAAGCACACAGAUGCCAUUCCAGACCCCCGAGCCGUGAACCAGGACAAGAAGAACAUGCUGUUUUCUGGCACCAAUAUUGCAUCAGGCAAAGCCCUGGGUGUGGCUGUGGCCACAGGCUUGCACACAGAGCUGGGCAAGAUUCGGAGCCAGAUGGCGGCUGUGGAGCCUGAGCGGACGCCACUGCAGCGCAAGCUGGAUGAAUUUGGGAGGCAGCUGUCCCAUGCCAUCUCUGUGAUCUGUGUGGCUGUGUGGGUCAUCAACAUCGGACACUUUGCUGACCCGGCCCAUGGUGGAUCCUGGCUCCGUGGGGCAGUCUACUACUUCAAGAUUGCUGUGGCCCUGGCUGUGGCUGCUAUCCCCGAGGGCCUCCCAGCAGUCAUCACUACAUGCCUAGCACUGGGCACAAGACGUAUGGCACGUAAGAACGCCAUUGUGCGGAGCCUGCCCUCUGUGGAGACCCUGGGCUGCACCUCAGUCAUCUGCUCUGACAAGACAGGGACACUCACCACCAAUCAAAUGUCUGUCUGCAGGAUGUUCGUGGUAGCUGAAGCAGAGGCAGGCGCCUGUCGUUUACACGAAUUCACCAUUUCGGGUACCACGUAUACCCCAGAGGGCGAAGUGAGGCAAGGGGAACAGCUUGUGCGCUGUGGGCAGUUUGAUGGACUUGUGGAGCUCGCAACCAUCUGUGCACUCUGCAAUGAUUCUGCACUGGACUACAAUGAGGCCAAGGGUGUGUAUGAGAAGGUAGGAGAGGCCACAGAGACAGCCCUCACUUGCCUGGUAGAGAAGAUGAACGUGUUUGACACAGACCUGAAAGGACUGUCACGGGUCGAGCGCGCUGGUGCCUGCAAUUCCGUCAUCAAGCAACUCAUGCGGAAGGAGUUCACCCUCGAAUUCUCCCGGGACCGGAAGUCCAUGUCUGUGUACUGCACACCCACUCGUGCUGACCCCAAGGCCCAGGGCAGCAAGAUGUUUGUGAAGGGAGCUCCUGAGAGUGUAAUUGAGCGCUGCAGCUCAGUCCGCGUGGGAAGCCGAACAGUACCCCUAAGCGCCACCUCCAGAGAGCAUAUCCUGGCCAAGAUCCGAGACUGGGGCUCAGGCUCUGAUACAUUGCGCUGCUUAGCACUGGCCACCAGGGACACACCCCCAAGGAAGGAGGACAUGCAACUGGAUGACUGCAGUCAGUUUGUACAGUACGAGACAGGCCUGACCUUCGUGGGCUGCGUGGGCAUGUUAGACCCACCGAGACCAGAGGUGGCUGCCUGUAUCACACGCUGUUCUCGGGCGGGCAUUCGAGUGGUCAUGAUCACAGGGGACAACAAAGGGACAGCUGUGGCCAUCUGCCGCCGACUUGGCAUCUUUGGGGAUACGGAGGAUGUGUUGGGCAAGGCUUACACGGGCCGAGAAUUCGAUGACCUCAGCCCAGAGCAGCAGCGCCAGGCUUGCCGCACCGCCCGAUGCUUUGCCCGUGUGGAACCCGCACAUAAGUCUCGCAUCGUGGAGAACCUCCAGUCCUUUAAUGAGAUCACCGCCAUGACUGGCGAUGGGGUGAAUGAUGCACCAGCCCUGAAGAAGGCAGAGAUCGGCAUCGCCAUGGGCUCAGGCACUGCUGUGGCCAAGUCGGCAGCGGAGAUGGUUCUGUCUGAUGACAACUUUGCCUCCAUUGUGGCUGCAGUGGAGGAGGGCAGGGCCAUCUACAACAACAUGAAGCAAUUCAUCCGCUACCUCAUCUCCUCCAAUGUUGGCGAGGUUGUCUGCAUCUUCCUCACAGCAAUUCUGGGCCUGCCCGAAGCCCUGAUCCCUGUGCAGCUGCUCUGGGUGAACCUGGUAACAGAUGGCUUACCUGCCACAGCCCUUGGCUUCAACCCACCCGAUCUGGACAUCAUGGAAAAGCUGCCUCGGAACCCCCGGGAGGCUCUCAUCAGCGGCUGGCUUUUUUUCCGCUAUUUGGCUAUUGGAGUGUACGUAGGCCUGGCUACAGUGGCUGCCGCCACCUGGUGGUUCCUGUAUGACGCUGAGGGACCACAAGUCACCUUCCAUCAGCUGAGGAACUUCCUGAAGUGCUCUGAAGACAAUCCACUGUUUGCCGGCAUCGACUGCGAGGUCUUUGAGUCACGCUUCCCCACGACCAUGGCCUUAUCUGUGCUUGUGACCAUUGAAAUGUGCAACGCCCUUAACAGCGUCUCAGAGAACCAGUCACUGCUGCGUAUGCCACCCUGGCUGAACCCUUGGCUGCUGGGGGCUGUGGUCAUGUCCAUGGCCCUGCAUUUUCUCAUCCUUUUGGUGCCGCCUCUGCCCCUCAUUUUCCAGGUGACCCCACUGAGUGGUCGACAGUGGGGGGUGGUGCUUCAGAUGUCUCUGCCUGUCAUCCUGCUUGACGAGGCCCUCAAGUAUCUGUCCAGGCAUCACGUGGAUGAAAAAAAGGACCUGAAGUAAAUCCUGAGAGCAGAGGGGGGUCUCCAGUUCGGCCCUCGGACUCAUCAUGUCCAAGCACUUGUCCUGGUCCCACCCCUGCCUCCUCACUCAGCCACCUGUCUCCUGCUGAACGUAACAGGCCUGAAACAACACCGGCCAUUUCUAGGCCCUGUUCCAGGGUCCUGUCUCCAUUCCUGUCCUCCCUACAGCUCUGGCCCAGAAGUUGAGCCCAGGAGGGGAAGCUGAGAAGCCAGAGCUGCCUGAAGGGCCACCACCCAUUUCCCCCACAGAUCUGCAGCCUUCCCCUGCUCGGAGGUGGGCAUUUGCUUGGUAGCUAGUGCCUCUGCCCUGAUGGAGGGCUCAUGGGGGCCGUCUUACUGACUCUGACCUCUUGCUUAGUUUGGGUCUGGAGCCUGGUCAGCUCUGGGAAGGAGGAGUCCGAGGGGACCAUCUGGGUCCAGCUGUGAACAUGAGGGGCAGCCCCUUCCACUUGGCUCAGCUUCCACCAAGUCCACUCCUGUGUCUGUUUAUGUAUCUGCUGGCCCCAGGGAGUUGAAGGAUCACAGACAGAUAGGAACAUAAGGAGCAGCGGGGGCAGGCCUGGACAAGGACUCCUUUCCCAGGAGUCAGCCUCCACUGGCUGGCUGGGCUCAGCACUAGUCCCACCUUGAGGCUCACUUCCUCGGCUCAGGUUGGCUCAGGGAUCCUAACUUUACAGUCCAUGCCCCUGGUGCCUGAGACUCCAGGCAUCCCUGGGUCCAUGUCAGCUUCUCCUGCCACGAAGCCUGGGGUGAUACCGUGUCACUUGCUGCAGGGCUGGGUGAUUCUAAACCUCCUGGACCCCUGGCAUUACUCUUUGCCCUCUUUUCCUAUCAUGCAUGUCUGAGUCAGAGAGAUGUCACUAGGAAGUGACUCCACAAUCCUCCCCUACCUCCCCACUGAAAGGAAGCAUCUGAUGGGGGUCUAUCAGAUGAAUGUGUAUUGGUCUUUGGGAUCUUUUUUGCCUCUUAACCCUGCUGUUGCUCCUUUGACAAAAGCUAGCUAAGCAUCAUGGGAAACGGAGAAAGCGCCUGUCAGUGUGACUUAGCUCUUCCCUGACUGUGUACAAUAUGAUUAUUUUAUAUGUAAAUCAAGGUUCACAUCACUGUCCUGACACCUGGUAGCAAAAGUCCCCUCAGCCUACCCAGAAGACAGAUGAACUCCAUGUGUACCUGCCCACUCUCCUGCCCAUCCUCCCUCCCCUCUGGCAGGUUCUGGAGGGGCCUCAGAGAGAAACCGAGUUUGGAGGGAUGGCUUGGCAGGAACAGAGCCCUGUGCCCACUUGCUGAUCAUUUCUUGUGGAGAAAUAAAGGCGUGCGUCUGGGGGAUUGGA